UUCUACUAGGGACUGAGGAAGUUGCAUACUGGCAUUCGGGAGACUCGAUUCGAUGGACUAUAUCUCAGGAGUUCGCUUCUAGCUGCACGUGAGAACUUUUUGGACAUCAGGAAUCAACUCGGAGGACUAUGUAGGGACCUUAAUUAUUUGUUAUGUAUUCUUUUUGUAUAGAAUAUAUUUGAAUAUGUUACUACCUGAAUUUUUUUUUUUAGUUGGUUUAGUGAUGUCGCUAUUUUAGAAUGUAUAUAUAUGUGUGAGCGCUUGCUGGAUUGGUUAUAUAUUGUUGGGAAUAAUGGAAAGCAGGUUUUUAUGUGAAUAAUUUAUGUGAUAAUGGAUAUCGAGAAAACUUAGGGAAAACUCUGCUGAAAUUUUAGGUCGUAACAAUAUGGCGUUUCAUUUUACCCAGAUUUUGAAAUUUGAAUGUAAAGCACAUGCCGAAUAUGGACUAAUAAAACCGAUAAUGACGCUGCUUGCAGAGUAAGAGUUCCUGGUUUCUAGAAAUAUAGAGGGCAUGGAAGUCCAGACGACAUUGGACUUUUGGUCCCAAUCACCCAUUGUUUAGUCCAAAUUCUAAUUCUUAUUUUCCUUCCUCCUCAUGUGAUCCUCUGGUAAUGACUACAGUCUUUAGCAAAAAGCGUCAUAGCUGAUCUCAUUGGCUUGUAGCUUAGUGCAAAAACUCUUCCCCAAGUAAUGUAAUCUAAGGUUUUACCUGUACUGCACAACCUUUUUCUUUUACCGGGUUUGAUUUGCUUCUGUAACUAUGUCUACUAUGAGGUUAAACUCCUUAUAUUAAUUAAAGUCGUGUUCUUAACUAUUACUAAACUCAUGCUUCCGUCAAAGCGUCAAUCACAUGAAUAUCCCUACUGCUUGUUGGGCAGGGCAAGUAGCAGGAAACUGUCCUUAAUUUCCAUGUGCUGUUAAGUAUAUUAUCCACUGAGCUCUGCAGAAUAAUUUUUGGGUGGACUAUUCACAACAGUCCAGUUUUCGUAGGCUCGUAAAUCUCCAGGAAUGAACUGUCAUCACAAAGAUUUUUCAAGUGUUUAAAGAGGUUCGGAUUAUUUAAAGAAUGUUGCUAGCUAAAGUAAGGAGCAUCCUUAAAAGUGUAAUUUUAAGGAUGCCUCGGACUAAUACGUUUCUUAUAAAAACAAUGUAUUAUCUUAUUAAAAAUAUUAAUUUUUUUGUUAAAUAAUAAAAAAACAGCAUUCGUCAACUGAUACACUACGACGAGGUGAUCUCCCUUUGGUCUAUGUGAAUUCCCCCUUCCAAGGAGACCCUACAUGAAAGAUCAAUCCUACUUUAAGAAAAAUUGAAAAAGUAAUUGGAAAAGGAGAGAAAAGUAAUUGGACAUUUAUCGAGGAGCUUUCCAUGCCAAUCCUCAACCCUUUUUUAAUCAUUCUGUCCCCAUAAAAGGCCUCAACAUUAACUCUCACUCCCACUAACCACACAAACACAAACGGAGAGGAAAAGAAGAGGUAAUGUCUGCUAUGAACAUUGGUAUAGGACUAGCCAUCCUUGCUCUAGCGGUGGCAUUGGCAUGGAGGGUCCUGAACUGGUUGUGGCUGAGGCCGAAGAAGCUCGAGAGGCUUCUUAGGGAGCAAGGCUUCAAGGGGAAUCCGUACAAAUUCCUGAAUGGAGACCUGAAAGAGAGCGCGAAGAUGAUAAAAGAGUCGAAGUCUAGACCCAUCGGACUCUCGGAUGAUCCAGUGCCUCGUAUCCACCCCUUCGUCCUUCAAUCUGUAAACACCUAUGGUAAGGAUUUUUUCAAAUGGAUGGGACCGACUCCAAGACUGAACAUCAUGAACCCUGACCAUAUCAAGGGUAUUUUCUCAAAGAUAUAUGACUUUGAAAAGUCGACCCCGAAUCCACUAGUCGUGUUAAUAGCGAAUGGACUUACAAACCAUGAGGGCGAGAAAUGGGCAACUCACAGAAAAAUCAUCAACCCUGCCUUCCACUUAGAGAAACUCAAACUCAUGUUGCCUGCCUGUUAUUUAAGCUGCGACGAGAUGGUGAAAAGAUGGGAGAAGUUGAUAUCCACUGAGGAAUCAGUCGAGCUCAAUGCAUGGCCUGACCUGCAGAAUCUGACCUGUGAUGUGAUUUCUCGAACAGCAUUUGGGAGUAGCUAUGAAGAAGGGAAGAGAAUUUUCGAGCUUCAAAUAGAACAAGUUGAGCUCGCCAUCCAAUACAUGCAGACAAUCUACAUCCCAGGAUGGAGGUUUGUCCCCACGAAAAUGAACAGGAGGAUGAAGCACUUGACUGAAGAAGUGCACUCCUUGCUUCGCAGGAUCAUCAGCAGAAGAGACAAAUCGAUAAGGGCAGAGGAGGCUGCUACUGCUGAUCUUUUGGGACUGUUGCUGGAGUCGAACAUGAAGGAACAACAUGAAAACAGAGGAAACAAGUACACAGGGAUGAGUAUUCAAGAUGUGAUCGAGGAAUGUAAGCUUUUUUAUUUUGCCGGGCAAGAGACUACCUCAAUCCUCCUUGUCUGGACGGUGAUAUUACUGAGUACUCAUCCUCAGUGGCAAGACCGAGCAAGAGAGGAGGUUUUGCAAGUAUUUGGAAGAGAUGGAAAACCUGACUUAGAUGGGCUGAAUCGCCUUAAGAUUGUUACGAUGAUCUUGUACGAGGUUAUGAGGCUAUACCCACCAGUGACAAUGAUCAACCGCUUCAACCGCAAGGAAAUGAAACUUGGAAAACUAACUAUACCGGCAGGGGUAGAACUGUCGGUGCCCAUAUUACUUGUCCACCACGAUAAAGAGCACUGGGGAGAGGACGCCAAGGAAUUCAAGCCUGAAAGGUUCUCUGAAGGAAUCUCAAAGGCGACCAGGAACCAAGUUGUGUAUUUACCGUUCGGUUGGGGCCCUCGAAUCUGCAUUGGCAUGAACUUUGCAUUGAUUGAAGCGAAGAUGGCAAUGGCGAUGAUACUGCAACGGUUCUCAUUUGGGCUUUCUCCUUCUUAUGCACAUGCCCCAACAGCAUUCCUCACUCUCCAUCCCCAGCAUGGCGCCCAAAUUAUUUUGCGUAGAGCUGAAUGAGCUGAUCACACAUGACAUUGUCAACACAAUACACACGCGAAUAAGUUUACCAUCGGCUUAUCACUUAAAUGAGAGUUGGUUUAGUAUAGUAAUCCUUGUAAUAAAAAAUUAUCAUUUGUGUUCUAAUAAGUUCUUCCUUCUCUGAUCAUAGUUAACUAUGCAUUGCGUAGGAUUUUGAGCACGUCUGCUUCAAUUUUGAUGAUCUGCCUGUUACAGUAAUUAAGAUUGCUUGCAGAUGUACAUGUUAAAGAAAUGAAGGAAAGAAAAGGAGAAUGUGUCUGUGGCCUUACUAUGUA